AUGGGGUGUAUCUUGGAUGAUCAGGAAGAGGAGUACAGGAGUCUGCUGGUAGAUCGGUCUUGGCAGGGAGAGAUGAAAGAUGGAUACUGGCUGGGGCAGAAUCACCCUAAUGUCUACCUUGGAGAGAGACAAGCUCUGAAUGAGGACUUCACAAAUUCAGGCUUUGACCGUGGUCACCUCAACCCCAACGAACACCAUGCAGUCCCUAGUCACAACGCCACUUUCACCCUAACCAAUGUGGUUCCUCAGAACCCCAAGCUGAACAAGAAUGCCUGGAGGAUCCAUGAGUCCCAGCUCACUGAGCUUCAUGUGGCUUUAGGAUGGUUUCUGGAGAAGUGCCCUAAGGCCUACGUGCUGGUCGGCACCAUUCCUUCUGCAGACAGCUGGAUUGUUAAAAACAAUGUUAAGCAUGUCAACAUCCCAGACUACCUGUGGAAUGCCUACUGCUGUGUGGACAACAAUGACAGACCCAUUCAGAGCGGCGCUGCCAGAGCAAGAAACACAGAGGACAACUUGGUGGAGCAGCUCUCUCUGGAUGAACUGGAAACAUUCUUGCAGCAGUUUAUCGCACAUCCAGUGGGAGAGUUGUUUUACAACAAUUGCAGAGCAUAAAAGUAAUGAUGACAGUAAA